AUGUCUAAUAUAAAAUUAAAUUAUAUUAGAGAUUAUGAAAAAGAUUAUCAAAAUAUAUGGUUAAAAGAGAAAUCUUUUGAAAUCGAUGCUGUUGAAGAGGAAGAGGACUCAAAAUAUUAUGUAUCAACUCCUCUACCUUUUAUCGAUGGAAAUAUAUUGCUAUCUCAAGCGUUAAUAGUUUGCAAAGCUGAUUUUAUGGCUAAAUAUCAACAAUUAAAAGGAAAAAGAGUUUUAUUUCCUUUUGGUUUUCAUAGCAGUAAUAAAGCUUUUAAAAGAUGGGCUGAUUCGUUAAAGAGUGAAAUAGAACAGUAUGGUAACCCGCCCAAUUUUCCAAAUGAAGAUAAUAAAGCUAAGGGACGUUAUGUUAUCAAGAAAUUCUAUCAAUGGAAUUAUAUGAAAUCUUUCAAUAUUCCAGAAGAAGAAAUCAGUAAAUUUGUAGACCCCCAAUAUUGUUUUAGUUAUUUUUCAAGAAAUUACGAACGUGACCUUAAAUCUCUGGGCAUUGGUAUUGAUUGGCGUCGUUCAUUUUAUACAAGCAGAGUCAACAAAUACUAUAGCUCUUUUAUAGGAUGGCAGUUUGAAACAUUGAAGCAAUUGGGUAAAAUUAAAUAUGGUAAACGUUAUAGUAUAUGGUCACCAAUGGAUAAUCAAUAUUGCUCCAAUCAAGACAGGUUGGAGGGUGAGGCUGAAGUUGUAACAACUCUAACAUUAAUUAAGCUUUUGGUUCAAGAAUUGACAAGUAUUCUUAAAGAAAAGUUAAAUGGUUAUAAAAAGGUUUAUUUAGUUUCAGGUACUCUCAGACCUGAACUAUGUUAUGGUGUUACAAAUUGCUGGGUUUUACCAGAUGAAUUAUAUGGUGCUUAUGAAAUGGCUAAUGGUGAUGUGUUUAUAUGCAACCAAAGUUCAAUUAGAAAUAUGUCUUUUCAAGAUUUAACUAAAAAUAGAGGAGAAUAUCCCUGUAUAUCUCAAUUUAAUGGUUCUGACCUAAUAGGUACCGUUGUAGUACCACCUCUAUCAAUUCAUAAAGGUGUAUAUGUACUGCCAAUGGUAUCAAUGAAUCAAAAUAAAGGUACAGGUAUUUCUAUAUCAGUUCCAUCAGACUCACCAAAAGAUUGUGUUGCACUACAAGAUUUACUUACAAAAGAAGCAUAUCGUUCAAAAUAUAAAGUUCAAUAUGAAUGGAUACAGUUUGAAAUUAUUCCAAUCAUUGAUAUACCAGGUUUUUCAAAUUUAUGUGCAAUUAAUUUAACUAAUAGAUAUGAAAUUAAAUCUCAAAAUGAUAAAAUAAAAAUAGAAAGAGCAAAUGAAGAGUGCUAUAUAAAAGGCUAUAAUGAUGGUGUAAUGAUGGUGGGUAAAUACAAAGGCCAUAAGGUUAGUCAAGCAAAGGAAAUGAUUAGAGAUGAAUUGAUUUCAUCUGGUGAUGCAAUCGAAUAUGCCGAGACCUGUUCAAAAGUAGUUUCUCGUUCUGGUGAAGAAUGUGUCGUUGCUCUAAUAAGCCAAUGGUAUAUAGCUUAUGGUGAUGAUGAUAUUGUGUGGAUGAACAAGGUGGAUCAGCAAAUAGAAGAAAUGGAGUUGUAUAAUGUUGAAACAAAAAAUAGAUUAAAAUAUGCAUUGCAAUUUAUACGUCAGUGGAGUUGCUCACAUAGGUUCGGUCUAGGUUCUAUUAUGCCGUGGAAUGAAAAGCUAACUAUUGACUCAUUAUCAGACUCAACACUAUAUACAGUGUUUAGUACUAUUGCACAUUUGCUUCAAGGUGAUUUUGAAGGAAGCAAACCUGGUAUUGCAGAUAUAACCCCUGAGAAAAUGACGCACCAAGUUUGGGAUUAUGUGCUACUUAACAAAGAUUAUCCAGAAGAUUGUAGUAUUUCAAAAGAGACUCUAUCUCUAUUAAAAAAAGAAUUUCAAUAUUGGUAUCCAGUUGAUUUUGUAGUCUCUAGUUCAGCUCUAGUCCAUAAUCAUAUUUUAUUCUUUCUUUAUACACACAUUGCAAUUUUUAGUAAUUCAAAGAACAAUUUGCAACCAAAGUGUAUACGGGCUGUUGCUGACAUUAGAAAUGAAAAAAUGACAAUGCAAGAGUUUAAUCGUUAUCAAACUGUUUCAGAUUCAAUAAAAGCAUACUCAGCAGAUGGAUGCAGAAUGGUUUUAGUAGAUGCAGGUGAUGGUUUUGACCCAACAUCCAUUAAUAAUCAAUUGGGCUAUAGUUCAAUUUUGAAAUUUUAUGCAUAUAUUGAAUGGGUUCAAGAGAUAAUUGACACUAUAAAUCAACUAAACAGUGGACCACCUACUGCGUUCCAAGAUAUUGUAUUUGAUAGUGAAAUUAACAAAAUUAUUAUAGAGUCAGAUAAAGCUUACGAAAAAUCAAAUUUUAGAGAUGUUGUACAUUUAGUUUUCUAUCAACUUUUAAAUGCUCGAGAUCAUUACAAAAUUUCAGCACAAUAUUCAAACCAAGCAAUAAACAAACAACUCAUUUUGAAAUUUAUAGAAAUACAAGCAAUUUUAUUUUAUCCAAUAGCCCCACAUUUCAGUCAGAAAAUAUUUCACCUAUUAAAUAAAGGAGAUAUACUUAAUGCUCGUUGGCCCACACCCGGUCCUGUUCAUUAUAUCGAAUUAAAAAAAGAUUUAUAUCUAAAACGUAAUAUCCACAACUUUAGGAAAUCAUUAACACAGUUUCGAAAAGAUAAAAAAAAUAACAGUUUAAUCCCAAGUAUAUCGACUAUUUACUAUACCAGAAAAUAUCCAGUGUGGCAAGAAGAGGCUAUAAACUAUCUCACUUCAAUUUAUGAAAACCAAUCUUUAAAUGCAGAUAACACUGUCAUAGUAAAUGAGCUAAAGAGUAGAAGUGACCUUAAACCACAUAUCAAGGAUAUUAUGGGGUAUAUAGAAAAGAUGCGUCAAGAUAUGAAAGAAAUAGGUAAAGAGGCUUUUGUAAACUUGGAUGAAUAUCAAAUCCUCACUGAAAAUGCAUAUUAUAUUUCCAAUGCAUUGGGAAUUGGUUUAAUAGAUAUCCAAGAGUAUACAAAUGAUAUUAAAUCAUCUGGUAAUAAAAUCCCGCAAUUAGGAUAUCCAACAAUAUCUUUUAUUUAA